AUGGAGCUCUGGAGAGACGGGCAGGGUGGGGAGAAUGGGCUGGAGAGGCAACGAGGAAAAGAAAAAGAGAAGGAGGGGACGAAGGAGGAUCUCUGUGGAAAUAACCCGCCUGCAGGAAGCCAGAAGCAGGAGGGGCCUGGAACAGAACAACCAUUGUCACCUGACUGCAAGAGUCCCUCUUUGAGGUCCAAACGGGGGGGCCUGACAGGUAAAAUAGUGAAGCAGGUGGAGGAGCCUCAGGGGCGUGGGCCUUUCUUCUUCGUUGGAGGAGCCAAUGGGGCUGAAAUAGUGACCAGCUACUGUCAAAGCAAAGGAUGGCAGAGGAUUUACGAUAAGCACAGAGUGGAUUUCAAACUCAAGUGGUGUGAGACCAAAUCUUCAGCGACCUACAACAACUUCAGAGAAGGUGAACAGCUUGUGUACCAGAUUCCCAACAACAAAGUGCUCACCACCAAGAUCGGCCUCCUCAACAGUCUGCGGGAGUACGAGCGAGUGGGCAGCAAAAUCAAACACGGUAAACACAGGAGGCUGAAAAUGGAAGACUUUAUCCCCACCACCUUUCGCAUGGAUGUGAGUGAAGAGAGAGAGGCCUUCUUUUCCCAGCGGGAAGAGGAGGGACAGAGACAGGGAACACAGACGCAAGAGGAAACAUGUCAAGCUGUGAGCAGCAGUGAGGCUCACAUGUGGAUCUGCAAGCCGACGGGUCUGAACCAGGGCAAAGGCAUCUCCCUUCUCAAGGGUCCGGAGGACGUGGCCGCCCUCAGACUGAAGCUGCAGCGCAUGGAGGACAGCCUGGUCAGCGGGAGGCCGCACCAGCGCCGGGCUCAGGCCUACAUCGUCCAAGAUUACAUCCAAAAUCCACUGCUGCUGAAGGGCCGAAAGUUUGACGUGCGCUCUUACCUCCUCAUCGCCUGCACUGCCCCUUACAUGAUCUUUUUUCGCCACGGAUAUGUGCGACUGACCUGUGACGUCUACAACCCCAGCUCCAAAAACCUGUCCGCCCACCUUACCAAUCAGUACAUGCAGAAGAAGAGCCCUCUCUACCAUUUGCUGAAGGAGGACACUGUGUGGUCUAUGGAGGCCUUCAACAAUUACAUCAAUGACAAGUUUCAGGUUGCCAGGGGUCUGCCCAGGGACUGGGUGCUCGGAGCCUUUGCCAAGCGCAUGCAGCAGAUCAUGACCCAGUGCUUCUUCGCGGUCAAGUCCAAGUUGGACUGCCGUUUGGGAUUCUUUGAUUUGAUUGGCUGUGACUUCAUGAUCGACGAGGACUUCAAGGUAUGGCUGUUGGAGAUGAACUGUAACCCAGCUCUCCACACAAACUGUGAGGUGCUGAAGGAGGUGAUACCCAGCACGGUUGCAGAGACAAUGGAUUUAACUCUGGAGAUCUUCAACAAGCGUCGCCUCAGAAACAGAAUCUUGCCUUUGGCUGCUCAGAGGGAGUUUGUGCUUCUGCACGAUGGAGCUUUGACUCCUGGUCCUUCACAGGCCAACGGCAACAGGAAUGCAAACCGUGUGUGCUACCCAAAGACCACCAACAAGAGCCAAAUAACUGAAUCCAGGUGGCAGAAGUCAGGGGUGGAGGGCAUGUGUGUGUCAUCAUUCCCUGAUAAUUCUGUGAAUGUUUUACCAAAUGGUGAGCAAAUGAAUCAUUAAAAGUCUGCCCAUUGUAUCAACACCACCUCCAUGACCUAAGCUCUCCAUUUAAAUACUUUAUCUGCUCGAGGACCCUGGUAUUUGCUCAGCAGCAGAGACUACUCCCAUCCUGUCAGGGGUAACAACACCAACACUUCAAGAUGGACUCAAGCUCAGCAUGAUCAUUUAAAGGCUAAAGAUCACAUCAGACGCAUGUUUCAGACGGCACCAAUAAAGAGGAAAUGGGCCGCAAUUAUCCAUUUUUUAUCCUUUUUAUCAAUCAUUUUUUAUUAAAGAAAGUAUUUGGGAACCUUUGAGCACAGUUAGUUUAUCAAAUAAAAGAACAUCCUUCAGUCAUCUCUCUCACGUCAAGUUGCACCAUUGUACAGAAAUGGCAGAUUAUGUGAAAAA